GUCAAUGCACGAUAAAAUCAUAUAAAGACUUGAUUUUCAAUUUCCUCAGGUUGGGUUGUUCUAUUUUUCGUGGCAGCAGUAGUUUUGAACACUCAAGAUUCUGAUUUUGAAGUUAGAUUCUUUUAUCGUAUCGGCAUAAAGUCACCUUUUCAAAAGAAACUCGUAUUUCACAAGAACACAAUAAUGUUGACUCCUCACGGUGGUAUUUUGCAAGAUUUGAUUGCCAGAGAUGCUUCAAGAAAGAAUGAACUUUUAACCGAAGCAGCUUCCUUGAAGUCUUUGAACUUGACUGAUAGACAACUUUGCGAUUUGGAGUUGAUCUUAAACGGUGGUUUUUCACCAUUGACUGGUUUCAACAACAAGAAGGAUUACGAGUCUAUUCGUGAUGAUAUGAGAUUGGCUUCUGGCGAGAUCUGGUCCAUACCGAUUCCACUUGAUGUCUCCGAAGAAACUGCCAAGCAAUUUGCUGAAGGUGACAGAGUCGUUUUGAGAGACCCUAGAGAUGAUGCUGCCUUAGCUAUCAUUACCAUUGCUGACAUUUACAAGCCAGAUAAGCAUGAAGAAGCCAAGAAGGUUUUCAGAGGUGAUCCAGAGCAUCCCGCCAUCAGAUAUUUGUUUGAUGUUGCUGGCGACUAUAACAUCGGUGGUGACUUGGAGGCUAUCAGCUUGCCAAAACACUAUGACUAUACCGAAUUCAGAAAAACCCCAGCUCAAUUGAGAUCGGAGUUCCAAUCCAGACACUGGAACAAGGUUGUUGCUUUCCAAACUAGAAACCCAAUGCACAGAGCUCACAGAGAAUUGACUGUCAGAGCAGCCAAGGAUAAGCUUGCCAACUUGUUGAUCCACCCAGUUGUUGGUUUGACCAAGCCAGGUGACAUUGACCACCACACCAGAGUCAAGGUUUACCAAGAAAUCAUCAAGAAGUAUCCAAACGGUAUGGCCAAGCUCUCUUUGCUUCCUCUAGCCAUGAGAAUGGCUGGUGACAGAGAAGCUGUGUGGCACGCUAUCAUCAGAAAGAACUACGGUGCUACCCAUUUUAUUGUGGGUAGGGAUCACGCCGGCCCAGGUUCCAACUCUAAGGGUGUUGACUUUUACGGCCCUUACGAUGCUCAAACUCUUGUUGAGAAAUUCGCUACUGAGUUAGAAAUCGAGGUCGUUCCAUUCAGAAUGGUUACUUACCUUCCAGACGAGGACAGAUACUCUCCAAUCGAUUUGGUUCCUUCCGGCACCAAGACCUGCUCUAUUUCUGGUACCGAGCUUAGAAAGAGAUUAAGAGACGGCACCGAAAUCCCAGCGUGGUUCUCCUACCCUGAAGUCGUCAAAAUUUUGAGAACCUCUCACCCACCAAGACCAUCCCAAGGUUUUGCACUAUACCUAUCCGGCUUACCUUUCUCUGGUAUCCAAGCCUUGAGUUAUGCCUUGCAAGCAACCUUCAACCAAUUCCAAGGUGGUAGACACAUAACUUUGAUUGACGAAGACACCGUAAACAUCGAGGCUCUUCCAUUCAUUGUCAGCGAACUUGUGAGAGCCGGUGCUGGUGUGAUCAUUGCCAAUGCAAAACAAGUUUCUCACUUCAACCAGUACGCAUCGUUGAAGAAGACCGUUUCCAAGGCAGGUAGUUUCAUCACAGUCGCUAUCGAAACUCCAUUGGAUGUGUGUAAGGCAAACGACAGAUCCGGUUUCUACUCCACCGAAGCUGGUCAAGCAGCCAUCGCCACCUUUAAGCCCAUCGAAGACGCUGAAAUCGCCUCUGACUUGAGCAUUGAAGACUCUUUGAACGUUGCUAUUCAAAAAAUCGUCUUGUACUUGGAAGAACAGGGUUUCUUCAAGUUUUAAGGAUUUUUUGCUUGCUCCCCCUUUUUACGAUCUUUUCAAUGUUACAUUACUCGCUUCUCCUUUGUAUAGAUUCCGUUAUAUCCAUAUCUUUAAUUAUUCAUUCAUUCUUGUACU